GUGUCUGCAUUUGACAAUUUUCCCUGCCCACAGCCAAUGAUCUCCAAGACUUCCUAGAAAUUAUGUGUAGAGUUCAUAAUAAAUUCCAAACUCUCUGUUUCACAGCAUUCAACGUUGUUCCCUUCUUCACGUUGCUUUUGUGACUGCAUAUCCACACUUUCUCUUAACUAUUAUCCUCUGUGUCACACUUGAGAUCACACUGUUAAGCUCCACAAGUGAUGGAGAGUUUCACACAGUAUGAACCUCUCACCACCCAGAUCUGCUUUGAUGUCACCAAUAAGUAUCAUGUGUUUCUCAGCUUUCGCGGAAAAGAUGUGAGAAAAAAAUUUGUGGACCAUUUGUACGAAUCUCUCUCUGCAUCGGGGCUUCGGGUUUUCUUGGAUAGUGAAGAAUUGAACAAGGGUGAAAGCAUCGAUGCCAGCUUGAAAACAGCCAUUGAAAAAAGUGAUGUUUUGAUACCCAUAUUUUCGCAAAGAUAUGCGGAAUCAACUUGGUGUCUGGAAGAGGCGACCCAGAUGUGUGGAUCCAAAGGUCUAAUUAUUCCUCUGUUUUAUGAUGUAGAGCCGUCUGAUGUUCGCUACCCUCUAAGAACGGGAGGUAAAUUCGAAAAGGCAUUCCAAAAACAUUACAGCCAUUUAGAUCGGCAGAGUGAAAGUAGCAUUCACAACUGGGAGAAUGCUCUUCGUCAAAUCUCUCAUCUUUCUGGUUGGACACUGGAAGAAGAAUCCGGGUACGAAGCAAGACUAGUAAAAAGAGUUGUGAAAGUCGUAUUGGAUGCCUUGCAGAAGAAUGCUCCACUGGAUGUUGCUAUGUAUCCUAUUGGACUCGAAAGGAGUAAACGUCAGCUAGUCGACCUUGUAAAUCUGAGUUCGACGACCAUAACAAUGAGUGUGGGGAUAAGCGGUUUAGGCGGUGUUGGGAAAACCACCUUGGCCAAGGCUGUUUACAAUGAAAUUCACCGCACGUUUGAUGCUUGUUCUUUUCUCUUCAACAUUGGAGCUUCUGCACAGAACGGUUCAACACUUGCGGACUUGCAACGAAGGAUUUUAAGGGAUUUGGUAAAGUAUAACGGAGACGUUUCUAGUGUUGAUGCAGGAAAAGUUCUCAUGAGGGAUCGAUUGCAAGGAGUUCGGGCCCUUGUCAUUUUGGACGAUGUGAAUCAUGUGUCACAGCUGCAUGCAGUGUGUGGGGAUUGGUUUGGUCCUGGAACAUUUCCGGAGAAUCCCUACGAAGAGCUCUCUACAAGAAUUGCAAAGGCCUGUGGUGGGAUUCCUCUCCCAUUAAUAGUCAUGGGAGCACAUCUGUCUGAUAAGAAGGAGCCCAACGACAUCGAAUGCUGGAAAGAAGCUGUCAUGAACGUUGGAGAAAACCCCGACAUAUUUACAGUUCUUCGAAUCAGUUAUGACGGACUUAGUUCUGUUGAGAAGGAAAUAUUUCUCGAUAUAGCUUGUUGCCUUCUUGGUGAGAAGAAAACAGAAGCUGUUAUUUUCUGGGAAUUUUUCUACCCAAAUAAAGUUCAAACAGCCAUCAAGAAUCUUUCACUGAAAAUGCUUAUAAACGUGCAUGGCCGUGAGGAUCUCCUCAAUAUGCAUGACCUCCUGUGGCAAAUGGGAAGAGCAAUUCAAGAGCAGUCUGGUAAGUAUAGCAGAUUGCGCCUGCCUAUGGGCCCACAGAAUGAUUUAAACACAGAGAGAGCCGGGGAUGUGAAUAUGCUUGUUUACACAGGAGAGAAUAGAAGAAAGCCUGUUAAACUGCCUAGCAUGCCUCACCUGCGCUACCUAUAUGUGCAAAAUACAAAACUAGUAGGCAACAUUGGAAACCUAGCUCCGAAUUUGAUAUGGAUAAGAGUUAAAAAUUGUGAGUUUUUAAGUGAUAGUCACACAUGGAGAAUGUUAAGAAACAGAUACCAGAUCGACAAUUGGUCUCAGCUAAGAAUCUUUAUUCUAGAGCAAUGUACAACUAUUAAGAGAAUCCCAGGCACGCUUGACAGCUUAGUGAACCUCCAACGCUUGAGUCUGGUGGAUUGUUCAGCUCUCACAACUCUUCCAAACGCACUCGGUAACAUGCCACAACUCAAGAAGUUCAUUUUGUGCGGCUGUGCAAGUUUAACAAGACUCCCUGAUACCGUAGGCAACAUGGAGCAGCUCGAAGAGUUUUAUAUGGGAGGCUGUUCUAAUGUUAAAUGCUUACCCAGCACAAUAGGUAAUUUGGCUAAACUACGAUUGUUCAAUUUGGAUGGCUGUACAAAUCUAAAGAAUCUUCCCGAAACAAUGGGCAACUUGGCACAACUCCAGCUGUUGGACUUGUAUGGAUGCACGGGUUUACAAAGACUUCCUUCCACGGUGGGUAAGUUAGCUCAGCUUAGGUGGCUAAACAUUCAUGGAUGCUCGGGCCUUGGAAGUUUCGAAGAUAUGAUUGUCAAGUUACCCGAGCUCAGGAGGUUAAACAGAUCUCUGCGCAAGACGUCACUUCGUAUAACCAGGGGUUUGGAGGAUGACCAAAGGGAAAACACAGACCGGUUAUAUAGUAAAAGUAGUAAAACUCAUAUUCAGUGUACUGCAAUGUGUGAAACCAGCGCAGAUAUAGAAAAGAGUUCGGAGGCAGACAGCGUUGGCAAAAUAAGGCGGUUGAUUGAAGAGGCAAUUUUGAAGAGUGAUAUUCUUGUUCCUGGAGGUUGCACAUUGCCUAAAUGUCAGAAAGGGACGAUAUUGAUGUCCAACUCGGAUGCACUCGUUGUUCCUUUCUAUGUUGAUGUGGAGCCCUUUCAUGACCGAGGCGACGUCAAUCCCUCCUUGAUUCGCUUUGCGGGGGACAUGUAUAUGGAAAUCUCUCUAGAGAAUCAGGAUAAGAGGACAUGCACGCUGUGGUCCGUCCCUUGGGACAUGUGGGUACUAUUUAACUAA